CUGGCUCAUCCGCGGCUGGGGUCUCACGCCUGGCACGGAGCUGAGCCUGGUAUGCGGGCACCGGUAAACGAGUACCCCCGUGGACUCCCAGAAAGCUCUGGGGGGAAGGAGGUGGGGGGAAGGGCGACCCCUGAGUGCCUGCGGUUGGGAGGACAGACAGCGAUGUCCCACCUGACCCAGGGGCUGGACCCACCCAACCUGGGCAGCAGGGGUAAGGGCUGGCAGGUGCGCGUGGCUCUGGGCUGGCCAACUAGAGCCCCACCCGCGUCCCCAGAACCCACAGGCCGGCUGAGGCUCCCCUCUCCAGCGGCCUCCGCCUGCGGAGGUGACCGGCCGAGAGCCACCGGCUGUCACCGUGCUACUAUCCCUCCCCUCCUCCCAGCGCCGUGACCGUCAGCAUGACUAUUACUACUACUUCCGUUGUAAGGCAGCCCCUCGAAGCCUGGGACGCCAAGACCCUCUCCCACGUGGCGCGUCCUCUGGGCACCCAGCCUCCGGGGUGGGGAGGCGGCCGAGCCUGGGCGCCCCCGGGCCGCGGCGGGAGGGAGCCCGGCCGCCCCCAGUUUCCCAGCCCCCCUCGGCCGUUCCACUGCGGCGGAGGCGCGGGGAAGGCGGGGCGGCGCGCGGAGAUGGUAGCGCCCGCUCCCCUGCCGCCACCCGCCGCCUGCCGCCCGCCGCCCAACGCCGCCGUGCGCUCCGACAGGAUGGCGCGGGCCAAGCUGCCGCGCUCGCCCUCCGAGGGCAAGGCGGGCCCGGGGGGCGCCCCGGCCGGCGCCUCGGCCCCCGAGGAGCCGCACGGGCUCAGCCCGCUGCUGCCGGCCCGCGGCGGGGGCUCAGUAGGCAGCGACGUGGGCCAGAGGGUCCAGGUGGAGUUCUACGUCAACGAGAACACCUUCAAGGAGAGACUUAAGCUGUUCUUCAUCAAAAACCAAAGAUCCAGCCUGAGGAUCCGGCUGCUCAACUUCUCCCUGAAGCUGCUGACCUGCCUGCUCUACAUUGUCCGCGUCCUGCUGGACGACCCGGCCCUGGGGAUCGGAUGCUGGGGCUGCCCGAAGCAGAAUUACACCUUCAACGAGUCGUCCUCCGAGAUCAAUUGGGCCCCCAUCCUGUGGGUGGAGAGGAAGACGGCUCUGUGGGCCACUCAGGUCACCGUGGCCGCCGUCAGCUUCCUGGAGACCACGCUCCUCACUUACCUCAGCUACAAAGGCAACAUCUGGGAGCAGAUCUUCCGCGUGGCCUUCGUCCUGGAGAUGAUCAACACGCUGCCCUUCAUCAUCACGAUAUUCUGGCCGCCGCUGCGGAACCUGUUCAUCCCGGUGUUUCUGAACUGCUGGCUGGCCAAGCACGCCCUGGAGAACAUGAUUAACGACUUCCACCGAGCCAUCCUGCGCACCCAGUCGGCCAUGUUCAACCAGGUCCUCAUCCUCUUCUGCACCCUGCUGUGCCUGGUCUUCACGGGGACCUGCGGCAUCCAGCACCUGGAGCGCGCGGGCGGCAACCUGUCCCUGCUGACGUCCUUCUACUUCUGCAUCGUCACCUUCUCCACCGUGGGCUACGGAGACGUGACGCCCAAGAUCUGGCCGUCCCAGCUGCUGGUGGCCAUCAUGAUCUGCGUGGCCCUCGUGGUGCUCCCGCUGCAGUUUGAGGAGCUCGUCUACCUGUGGAUGGAGCGGCAGAAGUCGGGGGGCAACUACAGCCGCCACCGGGCCCAGACGGAGAAGCACGUGAUCCUGUGUGUCAGCUCCCUCAAGAUCGACCUGCUCAUGGACUUUCUGAAUGAGUUCUACGCCCACCCCCGGCUGCAGGACUACUACGUCGUCAUCCUGUGCCCCACCGAGAUGGACAUCCAGGUGCGCAGGGUCCUGCAGAUCCCCCUGUGGUCCCAGCGGGUCAUCUAUCUCCAGGGCUCCGCGCUCAAGGACCAGGACCUCAUGCGGGCCAAGAUGGACAACGGGGAGGCCUGCUUUAUCCUCAGCAGCCGGAACGAGGUGGACCGCACCGCAGCGGACCACCAGACCAUUCUGCGCGCCUGGGCUGUGAAGGACUUCGCCCCCAACUGCCCUCUCUACGUCCAGAUCCUCAAGCCUGAGAACAAGUUUCACGUCAAGUUUGCAGAGCACGUGGUGUGUGAGGAGGAAUGCAAGUACGCCAUGCUGGCCCUGAGCUGCAUCUGCCCGGCCACGCCCACCCUCAUCACGCUGCUGGUGCACACGUCCCGAGGCCAGGAAGGCCAGGACUCACCGGAGCAGUGGCAGCGCAUGUACGGACGCUGCUCGGGCAACGAGGUCUACCACAUCCGCAUGGGGGACAGCAAGUUCUUCCGCGAGUACGAGGGCAAGAGCUUCACCUACGCUGCCUUCCAUGCGCACAAGAAGUACGGCGUGUGUCUCAUCGGCCUGAAGCGGGAGGAGAGUAAGAGUAUCCUGCUGAACCCGGGGCCCCGGCACAUCCUGGCCGCCUCCGACACCUGCUUCUACAUCAACAUCACCAAGGAGGAGAACUCGGCCUUCAUCUUCAAGCAGGAGGAAAAGCAGAAGAAGAAGGGCUUCGCGGGGCAGGGGCUGUACGAGGGGUCGUCCCGCCUGCCCGUGCACAGCAUCAUCGCCUCCAUGGGGACAGUGGCCAUGGACCUCCAGAACACGGAGUGCCAGCCAGCACAGAGUGGCGGAGGCAGUGGGGGCAGCAAGCUGGCACUCCCCACGGAGAACGGCUCGGGCAGCCGGCGGCCCAGCAUCGCACCCGUGCUGGAGGUGGCCGACAGCUCGACCCUGCUGCCCUGCGACCUGCUGAGUGACCAGUCGGAGGACGAGACGACACCGUCGGACGAGGAGGGGCUGUCUGUGGUGGAGUACGUGAAGGGCUACCCCCCCAACUCGCCCUACAUUGGCAGCUCCCCUACCCUGUGCCACCUCCUGCCCGUGAAAGCCCCCUUCUGCUGCCUGCGGCUGGACAAGGGCUGCAAGCACAACAGCUACGAGGAUGCCAAGGCCUACGGCUUCAAGAACAGGCUGAUCAUCGUGUCGGCGGAGACGGCGGGCAACGGGCUGUACAACUUCAUCGUGCCGCUCCGCGCCUACUACCGGCCCCGCAGAGAGCUCAACCCCAUCGUGCUGCUGCUGGACAACAGGCCUGACCACCACUUCCUGGAGGCCAUCUGCUGCUUCCCCAUGGUCUACUACAUGGAGGGCUCCGUGGACAACCUGGACAGCCUGCUGCAAUGCGGCAUCAUCUACGCCGACAACCUGGUGGUGGUGGACAAGGAGAGCACCAUGAGUGCCAAGGAGGACUACAUGGCCGACGCAAAGACCAUCGUCAACGUGCAGACCAUGUUCCGGCUCUUUCCCAGCCUCAGCAUCACCACGGAGCUCACCCACCCGUCCAACAUGCGGUUCAUGCAGUUCCGCGCCAAGGACAGCUACUCUCUGGCUCUUUCCAGGCUGGAGAAGGAAGCAGGUGGGCUGCCACGGAGGAGACCCUGGCCGCUGCGGUUGGGAGCAGUGACCAUUCCCUGGGAGCCUGGGCUGAGGUCCUCGUCAGGGGACGGCUUGCACUUGCGUGGCUGACCCUGUGCCACACCGGGGAGGACCCCCGAAUGGCCGCUCCCCCAGGCCAGGCCUGGCCACCGACGGCAGACAGAGGGACAGCAUGGGAGCUCUGAACCCGGACAGACAACAGAAGUGAGUUCCCGUGGUGGCCCUGGAGCUCCUUGGAUGGCAGCUGGGGGCCUCAGUCAGCGGCCCGGGAGCUCGGGCCAUCCUGCUCUUGGAGGAGGCUUGGCCUGCACCCCACACGAUGGCCCAGUGGACGCCCCUAAAGGCCCCCUUGCAGUGCCCCGUGAGCUGAGCCUGCCUCCACUCAAGGCUGAGCCGUGGGCUUUGGAAGUCGGCCUCAGCAGCCCCAGCUAGACUGUAUCCAGGCGCUCGGGCCAGUCUGAUCCAAGCACGGGCAGGGGUGACCAGCACAGAACUGGGGUCAAGGCUGAUACCCUGGUGCUGGCCCUCACUUGCCGCCUUCCCUCGAGCAAACCCAGUUCCCCACAGGCCUUGCACCCGGACCUGUUCCGGAGGUGGGCGUGAAGUAGGUCCGUCAGCAAACACGCGGCAAACGUCCUCCCACUCCCCUUUCCUUGCACGGCAGACAUCUCAAAUCCACCUCCCACCCCCUCUCUCUCUGGCAGGCAUCACCACUUGAUAGCACCUUUCUCUGCAGCAUUGUCUCCAGGGGCAGGGGCGGGCGGCCCACUCCCCACCCCGUGGGUGCACGCUGGGGAGCCCAGUCCUGUCGUUUGUGAUCUGGAGAAAAGUCAGGAAGUGAGCACGUGUGACCGUGGGCGGCUGCAGCCUUGGGCGCUUGCCGGCUGAGGUCCACGUGGGGCGGGGCCGAGGAUGGGGCGGGCGGGCGGGCAGAGCCAUGUGAUGCCACCCAGUCUCUGGAGACGGAGCUGGCGCGCCCACCCCGCGCAGAGAGGAUUCCGCGGAGGAUGGGGAGGGAAGAUGGGACCGCGCUGUACAACAACCUGCAUGAGACAAGUCCUGUUUAAUGAGUAGAAACUGAAGGGACACUAGAAAUACUUCCCGGCGUUCAGAUCAACGUGCUUCCAAGAGGUCGCGCUGGCACUGGGGGGUGAUUCAGGCGUAGAGGGUGGCGUCCGUGUCUCCCUGGAGGUUGUUCUCAGGAAGAUCUCCCAGAGUCGGGGUUCCCCACCGCAUCCCAGGACGCAGGCUCCCAGUGGCGUCAUCGUUCUAACAGUCUCAGCGCCUGUGACAGUGAUCUCGGCCAGGAGCCCGUUCAGACUGGCCCCUCUUCGGCAGGGCCCCGGAUGCCCGUCCAGUCCUGCGCCUGCUUCCCUCUGGCCGCGUGGUGCUCAGGAGGGCUCGUCCCCGUGUGUUCCCACGUUUCGCUGUCGCGUGCGACCUCGGAGCUGGGGCUAAAGCCUCUGGACCCUCCGCGGCCGCUAGAGUGGACAGCGUGAAACCAGGGCCCUCGUUCAGAAAGCAGGAAAGUCCUGUGAAGCCACUAAAACGUCAGGCCUCUUCCUUCCUCCUCGGUCUCCCGACCCGUCCUGGUUCUCUUCUCAAACCAUUCGUUUUUCUGAGUGAAGGGAAACUGACAAUUUUAACGAUUUCGGGAAUCUCUCCGUUUGUCCUCAUAACGUGCGACCUGGGCUCUGAAUGACACCGUGGGACGCAGCCUGGAGUCACCACGCCACGCGGCUCUGGAUCUGCGGCUCUCGUGUGAUAGCGCACUGUUUCCCUCCUGGAUGCCCGCGUGCCGUCCAGCACGCCCUUGGGCUCCCUGCAGGUGGGGAGGGACAGAGGCGAGGCCUCCUUCCCCGGGCGUCUGUCUGCCCCGCCGUCCAACCUUACAGCAAGGAGGCUGCCGAGGCCAAGUGCAGCCUCAGCGAGAGGGGCCACGAGAGGGCUCUUGGCGGGCUACGCGGCCCACCUUCUGUCUGUCUGAAGCGUGUUCUGGUCCAGCAGGAAGGACAGUCUCCCGGGCUCAGAGCCACCUCUCAGCCAUAGGCCGACCUGGUGCGGCGGGGACAACGCCCCCAAAAGCCCCUGCCCUAGCCCCGGAACCAGCACGGGGUGGAGAAGACGAUUCCAUGAAGAAUCCUGAGAUGGAGGGGGCCCUGGUUCACCCAGGGCCCACACGCCAUCACCAGGGGUCUUGCGAGAGGGAGGCCGGAGGUCAGCAUGGAGGUGGAGGAAGGGCCAGAGGUCAGGGGACGUGGUCAGCCUCUGGAAACAGCGAGAGGGAGAGGAAAGGGUCGUCCUCUGGGGCCGCCGGCUGGAGCACGGCACCGUGACGCCUGACUCCAGCCCCUGAAGUCUGUUCGGACUUGAACGUCCAAAACCGACAGAGUAAACACGUGUGGUUUUGAGCUUUGGGGUUUGUGGUCGUCCGUUCCGCGGCCACGGGAGCCGCACACAGUGGGUCUAAGGGACCCACGUGGAGCCUCGCGACGCCAUGCACGCAGCACAGGCAGACACGUCUGUCUCUGCUCACGCGCGUGCCCUGCCGUCCUGUCGGUUUCGCUCAUGGACUCGUGCUCCGGGGUGAAAUUACCUUAAGGGUUAGGGUUCCGCGAUGGCAACGGCAGGGCGUUAAACCAAGUCCAGGCUCCCGUUUCUUCCCAGCAGAGCCCCGAACCCUUACCCCCGCCUCUGGCCCCCCGUGUGUCUGGGGGGACGCGUAGCUGGGUGCUCGGCCUGUGGUCAGCCGUCUGCUGUGUGUGUUCACACGCUCGCCCUGCACACGCGCACACACCCCGUGCACGCGGAGGUCCCUGGGCUGCCUGCCCUGCGCGGCCGCGGCCGCGGCCGUGGCCACGGGCACCAGCCAGCCUGAGCCCCUCGUCCUGCAGAGGGAGCGGGAGAACGGCUCCAACCUGGC